AUGGUAGACUCCAUUGCUACUUCAGCGCUUGUCAUCGCACUUGUCGCGCUCAUAACCGCUCUCGGGCAGCUUCUCCAACAGUACUUCGCAACAGCUGAUGGGUAUCGAAGAUGUCAAGCCUCUGUUAUGGGCCAUUGGGCUAAGAAGACCAGAAUCCGUUUCCGAUGGUCAGAGUUCAGACUGGAAACAACCUUUGUUGUCCCUCGCAUUGUGUACAAGUAUCACCUACAGGCACCAAUCGGAGCGACAGUGGACGGCAAUUGCUUAUUGACGAACACAUGCGAGAGCUUAGAAGCAAGUAUGACAGCCAAAGGUUGGUACAACGAGACAGGACGCCUAUUCUACGAAAGUGACCAACUUGCAUGUUGGGUGCCUCUACUGGCCCAACUACAUUCGCAAGGAGCCGAGGCCAUGUUGGAAUUCCGUGGUCAACCACUAGGAGGCUGUAAAAUGAUUGGACUUCCUGCCGUUCAAUUCAUUCAUAAAUCAUGGGACUUCAUGCCCCCCGAUAUCAUACGUCCCAUGGCUACUUCGACAAUAUCUGCGAUUGCGAUCAUGGGCAUACGACUUGGCAUGACUUGGAAAACCUUUGAUCCUGCUGAGUCACUGAGAGCGGAAGGAAAUGGGCACAUGUUUACUUCUACUGUCGCUCGAUCGUUUGGAAUCAUCGUUCAGUAUGCUUUUACAAGUCGGAAGAAAGCUAGCAAUUUGACUUAUACGCCAGUCAUUGAAGCCGAUAAGAUGGCAUUUGGACGCGUAGCGCUGGACUCGCAAUUGUUCGGUAUGUUAGGCCCGGUAUUUGACCUUGAGAUUGGAUCGUACCAGGGGUUGGCUCGAAGUCUGCCCAAGCUGUUCUUUUUUCCUGUCUACGGAACACGCAAGCAGUUUACUAAAAACCUGGCCGCUUAUUGGAUGGACAGAUUACCUUCACCAAUUUCGUAUCCACGAGGUGUUACUGCAUCAUAUGAAGGACUUCUUGUUUUCUCGACUGAGGUUAAAAGAAUGAUUCUUGCAAGAGGCGAACAGGAGUGCGGACAAUUGAGUGUUGUCAAUUCUCUCCUGCAGAAGCUGAAUACGCCAGCCUAUGCUGAGGUAUGGAAUAGGGGCCAGGAUUCACAGAAACAUGCUCUACCUGUUGAACAUGAGCUAAGACUGCUUCUUAUCGAGUCUCAUUCUAGAUUGACAGCCUUCCUACAAAAAACUAAAGUGCUAUAUAACCGCCUCGCCUGCCAACAUUUAUAUGCGGCUACACAAGAAAGCCUCAAAGAUCGCACAGAAGAAUUGAACCGUCAGAGCAUCUCACCUGAAAUCUCUUCAGCAGGGAUGGAUUCUAUUGAAAUUAAUCGAACCCAUUUCCACACAAUGCUCAGAUAUAUUGACUAUGUCAUGCCGGAUGUGGUCAAAAAUGUCAUGCUCUUGACCAAUAAUAAGGCAUCACAGCACGCGACCACGGUCACCUCCAUCGAAGUUGAGGAUGCUUGGGUGUCGAUGAUGCUGCGUGCGUUCUGCUGGCAGCGAUGCCAUCACUUAAUGGAGGACUUCGAACCACUUCCCAGCGAGUAUUGGGACAGCAAGAUGCCAGUGUACAUCGGUUGA